CGGGUCCUCCUCGCGCGCCUCCAUCUUUAAACCCCAGAGAAAAACAGCUUCCGCUCAGCCGUACACGCACAUCCUGCGCUCACAUCCACAUUUAUGACACAAUAACCCCAGAUCUGCGCUUUGCAUCGAGAAAACCGAGCAGCAGAGACCCGAGGAGCUCACGGGAGCCGCGCUCGCUGCAUCAGGAGCUGUGUUUCUGCCUGACAUCCACAGAAACAGUGCGCAGCUCUUCUUCUUUUGUCCGCCGCUCUCUCUCGGAGAUGAGGAGAGGAAGAUGUCGGUGUCGGGACUGAAGGCCGAGCUGAAGUUUCUGGAGUCGAUCUUCGAUGUGAACCACGAGCGCUUCAGGAUCCUCGACUGGAAGCCGGACGAGCUGAGCUGCCAGUUUAACGUUACAGGAGACCAGCUGCUGAUCAUCCACUGCAACCUGACGGAGUCCUAUCCGCUGACGCCGCCGAUAUGGUUUGUGGAGUCGGAUGACCCGAGCCUGACCGGAGUGCUGGAGCGGCUGGAGGAGGUCCGGAGGGGCAGCACACUGCUCCUGCAGCAGCUGAAGAGGCUGAUCUGUGAUCUGUGCCGUCUCUAUAACCUUCCCCAGCACCCGGAUGUGGAGAUGCUGGACCAGCCUCUUCCUGCUGGACCCCUUCACCAGGACAGAAAGCAUGGGCCGACAGAUGAGGUCACGUCAGAGGAGGAGGAGGAAGAGGAGAUGGGAGAGCAGGACAUCGAUCUGGAGCACUACGAGAUGAAAGAGGAGGAGCCGGCGGACGGGAAGAAGUCUGAGGAUGAUGGGAUCGAGAAGGAGAACCUGGCCGUCCUGGAGAAGAUCCGCAGGAACCAGCGGCAGGACCACUUGAAUGUAAGUGCUCACUCGGGCGCCGUGUCUGGAUCUGUUCAAGCGUCAGAUCGCCUGAUGAAGGAGCUCAGGGAGAUCUACCGCUCUCAGAGUUAUAAGAACGGCAUCUACUCCGUGGAGCUGGUGAACGACAGUCUGUACGAGUGGCACGUCAAGCUCAGGACUGUGGAUCCGGACAGUCCUUUACACAGUGACCUGCAGGUGCUGAAAGAAAAGGAAGGCAUGGACUACAUCCUCCUCAGCUUCUCAUACAAAGAUAAUUUUCCCUUCGAUCCUCCGUUUGCACGUGUGGUUUCUCCUGUCCUCUCCGGAGGGUAUGUUCUCGGCGGAGGGGCUCUGUGUAUGGAGCUGCUCACUAAACAGGGCUGGAGCAGUGCCUACUCCAUCGAGUCCGUCAUCAUGCAGAUAAACGCCACUUUAGUCAAAGGAAAGGCAAGAGUGCAGUUCGGAGCCAAUAAGAAUCAGUACAGUCUCGCCAGAGCACAGCAGUCGUAUAAAUCACUGGUGCAGAUCCACGAAAAGAACGGCUGGUACACACCGCCCAAAGAGGACGGCUAGAGCCCGGCGUGCACACAUGGACCGAGCAUCUUCAGAUGGACAUCUCUCCAUCACUGCUUUUCUCCCCUCAUCCCUCGUUUCAUCCGGAGCCGCUCCUCCUGACACUCUCCUUUCCCUGCGAGUUCAGAAAGGCUCGGUUCGACCCCUGAAGCCCCCUCAUCAUCUCAGACGGUGCCAUGAUUCCAGCAGAGCGGCGCCAGGAUCUGCGGAAGAGCACAAGCACAGCCUGGUUUUCUGCCCCGCUGCUCCAUCCGCUUCGGUUUGUACUUUAAAACAGCGUUUUCACGCGGCCAGCCAGACGUCAGUGUGUGAAUCAGCUCCGGGAUCAAGUACAGAUGCGUUCGGAUGAAUGAAAGACACGAUGUGAGAACGGGUUUGUGUGUUUCUCUCGGUCCUGUGUCGAUGGCCAGCAGAACUGUCUGCAUCUGUAGAACUGUGUUUACGGUGUUCGUUGAAGCCCCUGCCGUCUCUGGGUGAAGCUGAGUGAGCAAUAACGCCUUAAAAAAGAGGAGGAAGAAGCGAAUGAGCAGACGUCAGUGUUCCUCGCAGUCGUCUCCAGUGUUUCUGAUCAAACUGACGUCAUCAGAGGUCGACCUGAUGGCUGUGAACACAAGGAAACAGCUCUUGUUUUGUGUUAAUAUCCUUCAGAAGACUCUGUUCUUGUUCGCUUCUUUUCCUCCUUUGAGUCAGUUUUACUCUGAAAAGCUCUGGCAUUGAUCAGCUGAUUUCUUCUAAAUCACACGGGCCGCUGUGAACCGCUCCGGUGUUUAACUUCAGUGAAUGACAGUCUGACAUCAAGCGAUCCGCCGAUGUUCUUCCGGCUCCGAGUGUCUGGAAUGAGGAGUGAAUGGUAACUGAUUCCAGAUCUGUGUCUCUUCUCUUGCGUCGUUCGUUCGUUCGGUGGAGUGUUUGAUGGACAGCGUGGAUCAAUGCGUCAUACACUGUCAGCAUGCUUCGGUUUUACUGCUUUUUUUCCCUCAUUGUAAGUGUAAUUUUGACCAUGUACAGUACAAUUUGUAAACUUGCAUCAAGUUUAUGAAUAAAGAAUUUUAAGAAAUA